UAACUGAUCCUCGAUCGGGAUUCCGCGGAGAGUGUAUGGGAGUGAGCUGGUGACUGUAAGGGUCUGGGCAGUUACCGGGGUUAUAGUAAGUCGGUAUAGAAGCUGCAUGUGCCUCACAGGGUAUCGAGUAGUUCAUCAAUAGCCUGGGAAAAUCCAAUACUACGAAAAAGAGCCCAUGACAUCAAGGCCUGGCCGGUACGGGUUAGGUAGGUAAGGCAGGUAUGUAAAUACCGGUAACGUCUGCGCCAGCUGGCCGAGCGGUCGCCCGCCAGAGGCCGUGAAGCUGAUGAUUAGCGAUGGCAGUUAUCUAUCCUUUCAUCCAUCUAUCUCUCCAUCCUAUCUGCUCCGGAGGUCAGUUGGCGCACCGAGGAAGAACUAGGAAAGACAGUUAUCAGCUGGGGAAAGCCUGCCGGUGCCGUCUAGCCGGCCAGCCUACCGUCCGCGAACAGUAUUGGACGGCGACCCUCCAGAUUCCCCGAUCCGCAUUGCCCACCGUCAAGGAUGGGCUGGUCGUCUACCCCGCUAGAUUCUUCUGGAUCUCAUCUGGCGUGGGCUUAAUGCAUGCAGACUGGAGUGAGGGCGAACCCACGGUCCACUCAGGUGAUGAAUCGGUCGAAUCGGUCAAAUCGAUCACCUGUCCGUCCGUCAGCUGCCUGUCCAUGGACGGCUCCUGUCAAUCGCCGGGGCCUUCGGUAUCGGAUACGCUUGGAAAUGUCCGCUCCCCUCCUUGGCCGAAUUAUCCACCGUUUCCUGCAGGACUACGACGUACUAGUCGAGAGCUACGCUCUUUCCAAGGCUCCCUAAGCUGGUGGCACGCCCUUUCGGACAGCAUCGCCAUGCUGCUUCAGGUCUAGCGCCAGCGGGGCACCCCAUCCCGCUUUGGGUAUCGACUGGAGGACCAAACCCACCCCGAUCUGGAAAGUUUCCGCUUCCUCCCAGGCUCCAAGGCUCCAUCUUUUAUGGAGUAGUGCGGCUGCCGGCUGGGGUUCAACACCCAUGAGCAGUCUCGUAUCUGGGGACCUUGCCUCGAUUGU